CCUAGAUCUUCAUCUUGAGUAGUAAACACGUCGAUUCGUACAAUCGUACAUCACUGUCAUCAGGUAUUCACAAUGCCUAUCGUCCUUGACCCUAACUGCGUCAUCUGCGGUGAACCCCGCGACUCGAGCGUCAUUCCUCAGCUCAUCGCUGAGUAUUUUGAGCCUCACCUUCAAGACCUUCAUGAUGAGCUGCUUAGGAAUGUUCCGUGCACACCGUGCCAAUUAUCCGGGGAAGAUGGCAUCGUGGUAGCUCUCGCGACCCUUUCGGACUCGUCUCCGGAGAAGGUCGACCAGGCCACAGCCGAGAACUUGUUCUCGAUCGUUGGUAGCACUACGUACCCUGAUGAGCUCAUCCCAACCGUCGUCGUAGACAAGAUGGUGAACUUCCUGUACCAACGCCGGAACGAGAUCGAUCUCCUAGGGAUUGUGACAUGCAUGCUCACGCACAUGUCCUACCAGGGGAAGGGUUUCGUGACUUCGUUCCUUCGCCGAGUCGCGCAGCACGCACUCUCAUCUAACGAGAAGGAGUUAGACAAGUUUGAGCCCAACAUCGGGUUUAACCGGGUUGAGAGCACCGUUAGAAUCUCUCAGCGUACUUCGCGCUUGAAGAUUGUAGAGGAGGUUGAGGAGAUUUACGAGGAGCUGGAUAAGCGUCUUGAUGUAGCGAAGUUCCAUCGCGACUUCGAGCACAUUUACCAUUGAGGAGUUGUCGCGUUACUCUUAAAAUUGGGCGAGUUCGUACCUACCCACCUUACCUUACUUCUGAAGGUCGCGAUGAGGAGAUUGUAAAUGCUAGCCGUCGGGUGGGGAUGUAAUUUGUAAAGAACCUAGAUGGGGAAAAAAGAAGAAAAUAUAAAACAAAGGGAAAAAAGGGGGUUGUUGGCGUUUUUAGAUAUUGCUUUAGACCAAUAGAUUGUCCUCUUUGUUUUUAUACUCUGUAUUGUUGUUAUAUUGUGACAUUGUAUCUUCAAUCGCCCUUUAUUUGUGACUGUGGUGAGGUGUAAGAAUAGG